AUGAGACCCACAGCCUGCAGUGCUAUCGUUGCGGCCAUCAUUGCCGGUGUAGCACUAGCUCAACAACGUGAUGGGAAACGCUUGAUUGCCUUGUCCGACACAGACCAGCAGUGGCUGACCCCUGACGAAAUUGACGCUUUGGAGGAAAAUUCGAUUGGGUUUGCCGACAACACGCGGGGCACUUGGGAUGAUUUGCAGCAACUUGGGCAGCAACGCAAAGCUUUGCGAUUGGCUGGGAAAACCUACCCCGCCACCCCUACACAAGACGCCUUGGUGCGUUCAAUCCAGGCCAAAGUCGCGCCCGCGGACUUGAAGUCCCUCUUGACCGAGUUCGUGACCAAGUUCGCCAACCGGUACAAGACGUCGGCGGAAGGGGCGCAGUCGGCUGGCUGGAUCUUUGACAAAGUGACCAAGUUGAAGCCCACCAACACGAACGUCAAGUUCACCGUAACCAAGUUCGCCCAUGCGUGGCGCCAGUACUCUGUCGUGGCGCGUAUUGAGCCCGUGGUUGGCAGCAAGAAGUACAACGACACGGUCAUUUUAUCCGCCCAUCAAGACUCGAUCAACCCGAGCAACUUGAAGGUCGCCCCCGGCGCCGACGACGACGGAUCGGGGUCCAUUUCGAUUUAUCAAACGUUGAACCUGCUCUUGACCUCGAACGAGUGGAACCCCACGCGCCCCGUGGAAGUGCACUGGUACGCAGCGGAAGAGACGGGUUUGGAAGGGUCGGCGGCGAUCGUUAAGUCAUAUGCAGCUCAACAAACUGACAUUUACGCCCAAGUCCAGCAAGACAUGAUCGGUUACUACAAGCCUGGUAGCACCCCCGUGGUGGCGUUUGCUUCGGACUUUAGCUACAUUCCGCUCGUGGAUUUCUUGAAGAAGCUCGUGACCAAGUACUUGACCAUCGGCUACGUGGAUCGCGCGUUCGGCUACGGCGCGUCGGACCAUGCCAGUUGGUUUCGAGCGGGGUACCCGUCGUCGUUUCCGUUUGAAGCGGGCAAAGGCUUGAGCAACCCAUACAUCCACACGACCAACGACACGCUGGCUAACAUCAACUGGGGACACGUCGCGGACUUUACCAAGUUGUCCAUUGCGUACGUGGUCGAGCUGACGCACGGGCUCUAAGCGUGGUUGGGUUGGUUAUGUGGGUGACUGGAGUAGUUUGUAUGUAUAUUGGUCGGUCGACGCUUGGCUUGAAUGAUCACCGUAAAAGGAUUUGUCACGUUUCAGUUUGCA